AUCAAAUUCUACUUACCACGCAUGCCUACAUAUACCUACAACCCACCUAUAUGUCAAUGCCGCCGCCUAUACUAUACCUAACGCUUAUACUACAGGAGAGAGAGGGAGAGGGAGAGGGAGAGACAGUCUUUCCCCGGUGACAACAUGCCUGCGUACGUACAUAGGUAAGUCAGAUGCCUGUCAACUCUAUCGGUGGAGCCAAAAGGAGGCCCGGCCCUCUUUGGAACAAUGAAAUGAUGGACCAGGCCGAGGAACAAUCACGGCACGCAUGCGUAGCCUUGCCGCAUCACUUUCCUCUUAUCAAUGCAAUACAUAUAUUUACCCACAUACCACAUGCUUACACAGACCUAUACUUAAGCGGCCCCACGGUUCCUUACUGUACCGGGCGGGAUGCAAAAGGGGGGAGGGGGGGGGGGCAAGGGGGGGACUCCACGAGGAGGACGAGAAGAGAGAUGCGUAGGAAUAUGAAAAGAAAAGAAAAAGAAAAGAAGAAUCCAGGGGGGCGACAGGGCGAAUCAGAACCGGCACAACUCGCCGCUGGAAUAAUUGCACCAAUUGGCAACCAAUGGGAAACACGAGGGCGACUGGCGAUAUUCAGAUCUCUUUCCCAUCCAGUCGUUGCAUCCCAUCCCGUCUCGUCUUCCUACUCCUCCUCCCCCUCCUUCUACUCCUCUUCCUGCUGCUGCUGCCGGACGUACAUACAUAUAUACAGACGCGCAUACGGUAGGCUCACGCACACACACGCACACACGCACACACGCACACACGCACACACGUACAUGUCUAUCUGCCUGCUUACCCUGCCUACACGCACAUGCGUAUAUGCGUCCAUACAUACAUACGUUCAUCCCUCCCUCUGUCACUAGACCGAACCCCCCUUCCCCCCCUCCCCCCGGUAGCACGCAGAUUCGGCCGGCCUGCCUAGAUGUAGGCAUGUAUGUAUCUGUGCAUAUAUGUACAUGUGCUCACGAGUCAUUCGGGAGCUGGGUUGUGGCGUUAGGGAAUAAGAGGAAAUCCUGGUUCGCCGGACAUAGCUACUCACACACACGCGCGUACGUGCGGUGCGUGACCCCGUACGGCGCCACGCCGUGGCGAAUGACGAAAGGAGACAACCCGUCUCCCCUCCGCCCGCGCGCCCUUCCGAGAGCAGAGGCCCACAGCGGUCACGUACGUACGCACGCCUCAGCGCGGGCGCGCCAUGCCUACCUACAAGGCAGACAGGCAGGCAGACGGGCGGAUAGAC